ACGCUAGAAUUCGGCCCCCACCCAGCCGAGCAGCCGAUCGGUCGCUUAGGCUGGGGGCCGUCCAUUGCCUCCCGGAAGGAGGAGACAGUGGACUUCCUUCUGUGGGUGGGGGUGACGCAGUUCCGAAUCGCACUCUCGGCAGUUCAGCUGCACAUUAGCUGUGCGGUCUGUGUGGCCUUGAGAGCGCGUGUGUUUUCGGCGUGUUUUUACACGCAGGGAGCCGAGCGCGCUGCGGCAGCAGCAAGAGGAGCCGCGGCCCAGCUGAUUCCUCCUUCCGCAUCCGGAGGAGCGGCGUGCGUCGCGGGCGGAGUCCAGUCGUCGUCGUGGAUGGGUUUGAGGAGCAGCGGCUGCUGGUUCUGGAAGGUCCCCUCAACUCUGGGGGGAGGGACCUCAGCUUGAUCAAGGCUUGCUUUCCUAUGAACUUCUGAUACAAUUGAGGAUGCUGCUUUCCUUUGUAAUGUGUGCCAUUCUGCUGGUUGGAAGUGGUGAGAAUGACGAAUGGAUUGAUCCAACAGACAUGUUGAAUUAUGAUGCAGCUUCAGGAACCAUGAGAAAGCCUGAUGUGGUGAACCAGGAUGCUUCAGAAAAUAAGAAAAUACCAAAAGAGACAGUGGUGGCAGGAAAUGUUUUGGAUGUUUCCAAGUGCCAAAGAAAACUAGAUUCAGCCAUUCAGAAGCUUGAAGAAUAUGAAAAGAAAGAGAGAGCCAAGUUGUAUGAAAGCAAUAGCAUUCAUGUUUUUAAGAGAUACUUGAAUAAGAUUUUAAUUGAAGCAGGAAGACUUGGUCUACCUGAUGAUAUUACUGGAGAUAUGCAUUAUGAUGCUGAGAUCAUCCUUACUAAACAGACAUUGAAUGAAAUCAGCAGAUUUCUUAAUGAAGAGGGCUGGAAAUCAGCUGCUUUGGAUGAUGCACUUAGUGAUAUUCUGAUUAAUUUUAAGCAUCAUGAUUAUGAGGCUUGGAAGUGGAAAUUUGAGGAUGUGUUUGGGGUUGAUCCCUACAAUAUCUUCAUGGUACUUCUGUGUUUAGUGUGCAUCACAGUAAUUGUUGCUACAGAACUCUGGACACGCAUAGGUUGGCUAACACAACUCAAACGUGUUUUAUUCAUUAGUUUUCUCAUCAGUUUUGGAUGGAACUGGAUGUAUUUAUAUAAGGUAGCCUUCGCACAGCAUCAGGCUGAAGUGGCAAAAAUGGGGAACUUUGAUAAUGUGUGUACUGAGAAAAUACAUUGGAGUGAUGGCCUCUUAGAAUGGUUUAGAAGUUCAUGGACAUUCCAGGAUGACCCUUGCCAAAAGUACUAUGAAACCAUAUUAGUAAAUCCUAUUUGGCUGGUUCCUCCAACAAAGGCUUUGGCUGUUACAUUUACCAAUUUUGUAACAGAGCCAUUGAAGCACAUAGGGCAAGGAAUUGGUGAAUUUAUUAGAGCACUCAUGAAGGAGAUCCCAGUGUUACUACAGCUUCCAGUGCUAAUCAUUUUAGCUGUUGCAGUUUUGAGUUUCUGCUAUGGGGCAGGAAAAUCAGUUACUGCAUUAAGGCAGUUAACCCACCAAGAGAGACAAGAGCCUCCCUCUCUUCCACCAAGCAACCCCAAAAGACAAGAACCUAUAGCAUAUUACCAAUCUAAUGGAGCAGACGAUAGAGUUAACUACUCAGUGGAGUGUAUUGACUGCACCAAUAGAGAGCCAUUUGACAGAGGAGAUUCUUCGAAAGCAAGAAGUGUGUGCCAAAAACCUCAAGAAGGCAACAAAAGCAACAUUGAUACUUUGCGAGCAUGUGAUAUGCUAGAUCUUGAAGAGCAUCCCAAAGUGGCAUCCAAGAGUAACCUACCUUUAGAAGAAGAAAAGUUGCAAGUAGAACUGGGGAAAAAAGAAAGUGAAAACCAUGGGAUCAGGCUGUAUAGCGAACCAAUGGUUCAGACUGACAGAGUACAGACAGACAGCACAGGUCAAAACAUGGAUGAAAUAAACAUAGCUGAACCAAAGAGACUAUACCACAUAGAAGAAUCUACAAACAGGAAUGAAGAGGAAGCAAAGUUUAACUCUGCAGAGGAUAGGGAAUUGAAGCAAGAUGCUCAGGAGACAAUGGAAGGAUCAGAGAAGAGGAGUAAGAGCACGUCAUGUGAAUUAAAGGAACACACAAAGAUGAUUAUGGAAAAUUUGAGCUUUACUGAACAAAAUCAGAGGAAUUCUGCUUCCUGAUAGAUUCCAGCUGUACCAGGGAAUUCUCCCACCCCCUUAUUUCUAUUUGGAAAAAAAAUCUGUACAAGUGAACUACUUCCAAGGUUUCACCCAACACCCAAUACAUUUUAAUUAGAUCAUUGUAUUGUUCUCAGAGGCCUGAAUUCUGUUUUGCUGGUAUUUGAGCCCCUUAUAACAGUUUUAAUAUAUUGAAAAAGCAUUCCGUGGCAGAAUAAUAUUGAAAACCAAAGACACAUUUUAUAAAAAAAAUUUUUUUUUGCAGAUGCUGUUUGUGAGCAAAAUAAAAACUUUCAUGAUAA